GGGCCGUCGGCCAUGAUCUUGUCGUAUCUGCUUCAUGGUCAUAUUCCUUACUAUUCGGCCAAUCCACCACAUCCAGAUCCGCUGUUGCAUGCGAAGCUCCGAGAUUCCCCAGAGCUGAUCAAUGUGGAUGUGUCCGCGUUGACGGAUCAUUUUGCCGCCUCGAGGCUCUCCUACUCCACGCAGGCUUUGCCGGUGAAUGUGCUCCUCGACACGCUGGUGCGCACUAGUGUGGACGUCGAUGAGCUUGAAAGCAGCACUAAUGUCGAAUGGCGGUUUGUGCCCGAAAAGGCCGUGCCCCAUUUGGUCUUUGGAGAUGCCGUGCAUGCCGGCGGCCAAUGGACUGAUAAUCUCAUGCCGGCCAGCUGGGACAUUCAGACCCUGAGCUAUGCGUCGAUGUUGUCUCUGCCUGGCUACUCGUUUGCCGAGCACUACCGGAAGGUGACGGGCAAGGAUCUCCCUGCGUAUACCCGACCCAGUCGGGAAGAGACGGCCAGCUACUUCCGUACCUACCCUGAGGCGGUUCAGAUCAAUGACGUUUUCCGGUUCCAUGAAACACUGUCCGGCAUAUCGCGGACAGAGAACGGAUUUUAUAUCCGCUCACAUGACAUCCAUUGCAAGCAUCUGGUCCUGGCCAGCGGGAUCUUCACCCAAGUGCUACAGCCAAGCCCGAUGUUGCAGCCCAUGGCGGCGCUGCAGCCCGUUCCGGAGACUCCGCUCUUGGUCAUUGGGUCCGGGUUCUCCGCCGCGGAUAUCAUCAUUUCUGCCCCCAAAGACCAGAAGAUCAUUCAUGUUUUCAAAUGGGACCCGGAAGGUCGGUCGUCGCCCCUGCGUGGGUGCCACCACCAAGCCUAUCCCGAGUACGCGGGAGUCUACCGCCUGAUGAAACGAGCGGCGGUUGCAGCAGAUCCCAGCAAGAAGCGGGUGAAGAUGCGACGGACCACGUCGACACCUUUCCUGGAGACUCGGUCUUGGGAUGAGGUUUACGAAGGACUUCCCAACACCGAAAUCGUUGGCGUCGAGAUGCAAGAGAAACAGGCCAUUAUCACAUUCCGCCAACCCGACGGGAGUACGCUUACUCGGGCUGUGCGUGGAAUGGUCUACGCUACCGGCCGACGGGGUAGUCUCGAGUACCUCGACCGGUCUCUCCUGAGCGAGGUCGUUGGUGAUGCCACUGACAUAAGUCCGAUUAUCUCCGCGCGGACCCUGCGCAGCAAAGCCUGUGAGGACACCGAGGUUGCACCCAACGUAUUCAUCAUCGGCAGCCUCACCGGUGACUCCUUAAUCCGGUUCGCAUACGGGAGCUGUGUCCAGGCCGCGGGGAAACUGAUCGACGCGCGUACCGGUAAAGAACGCGUCCGCAGUGGAUCGAACAAUACUUCCCGACCGCAGUCGUCGUUAGGCGUGAUGCGCGGGAUUGACGGACACGACAUUACGCCUCCCAGCGAGACCCGUGUUGUCGAUAACGACCGCAUGGCGUCUACGUUGCCGCAGAGAGUGAUGCCGAAUGGCCUGUGGCGAUGGCUGUGGAGAUGGUUUGACGUUCGGUGAUUGUAGCAUACAUGAUAGAGAUAGAUGUGUAUAUAUCGCAUGCUCGGUGGUGCGUCUGAUAGCUGUUUGGGGUGGUUAUUCUCUCUUCCUUUUUUAGUGCUCUAGUGUCGCAGUUUGCGGUCGGGGUCUAAGCUCAUCUACAUAUCACUGAACUUGUUGUUAUGCAUUGCAUUGAUAUUUCUUCUUGAUUAAGUAGUAUACUAAUCUAACGAUGAGUAGAGGGAGUUUAG